GGCUGGCGGCCGCGGGAGCUUUACACUCGCGAGCGGACCGCCACACGGGUCUGGUGCCCGCCGCGCUUCCGCCCCAGCGCUCCUGAGGCGGCCGUACAAUCCUCGGCAGUGUCCUGAGACUGUAUGGUCAGCUCAGCCCGGCCUCCGACUCCUUCCGACUCCCAGCAUUCGAGCCACUUUUUUUUUUUUUCCUUGAAAACUCAGAAAAGUGACUCCUUUUCCAGGGAAAAAGGAACUUGGGUUCCCUUCUCACCGUCCUCUUUUCGGGUCUGACAGCCUCCACCCACUCCUUUCCCCGACCCCGCCUCCGCGCGCAGGUUCCUCCCCGUCACCUUUCUCCACCCCCGCCCCCGCACCUAUCCCGCCGCGCGCCACCUUCCACCUGACUGCGCGGGGCGCCCGGGACCUGCGCGCACCUCGGACCUUCACCACCCGCCCGGGCCGCGGGGAGCGGACGAGGGCCACAGCCCCCCACCCGCCAGGGAGCCCAGGUGCUCGGCGUCUGGAUGUCUCAAAGGGCCACAGCGACAAUGACAGCUGACAAGGAGAAGAAAAGGAGUAGCUCGGAGAGGAGGAAGGAGAAGUCCCGGGAUGCUGCACGGUGCCGGCGGAGCAAGGAGACGGAGGUGUUCUAUGAGCUGGCCCAUGAGCUGCCUCUGCCCCACAGCGUGAGCUCCCAUCUGGACAAGGCCUCCAUCAUGCGACUGGCAAUCAGCUUCCUGCGAACACACAAGCUCCUGUCCUCAGUUUGCUCUGAAAACGAGUCUGAAGCCGAAGCUGACCAGCAGAUGGACAACUUGUACCUGAAAGCCUUGGAGGGUUUCAUUGCCGUGGUGACCCAAGAUGGCGACAUGAUCUUUCUGUCAGAAAACAUCAGCAAGUUCAUGGGACUUACACAGGUGGAGCUAACAGGACAUAGUAUCUUUGACUUCACUCAUCCCUGCGACCAUGAGGAGAUUCGUGAGAACCUGAGUCUCAAAAAUGGUUCUGGUUUUGGGAAAAAAAGCAAAGACAUGUCCACAGAGCGAGACUUCUUCAUGAGGAUGAAGUGCACGGUCACCAACAGAGGCCGUACUGUCAACCUCAAGUCAGCCACCUGGAAGGUCUUGCACUGCACGGGCCAGGUGAAAGUCUACAACAACUGCCCUCCUCACAAUAGUCUGUGUGGCUACAAGGAGCCCCUGCUGUCCUGCCUCAUCAUCAUGUGUGAACCAAUCCAGCACCCAUCCCACAUGGACAUCCCCCUGGACAGCAAGACCUUCCUGAGCCGCCACAGCAUGGACAUGAAGUUCACCUACUGUGAUGACAGAAUCACAGAACUGAUUGGUUACCACCCUGAGGAGCUGCUUGGCCGCUCAGCCUAUGAAUUCUACCAUGCGCUAGACUCCGAGAACAUGACCAAGAGUCACCAGAACUUGUGCACCAAGGGUCAGGUAAUAAGUGGCCAGUACCGGAUGCUCGCAAAGCAUGGGGGCUAUGUGUGGCUGGAGACCCAGGGGACAGUCAUCUACAACCCUCGCAACCUGCAGCCCCAGUGCAUCAUGUGUGUCAACUACGUCCUGAGUGAGAUUGAGAAGAAUGAUGUGGUGUUCUCCAUGGACCAGACUGAAUCCCUGUUCAAGCCCCACCUGAUGGCCAUGAACAGCAUCUUUGAUAGCAGUGGCAAGGGGGCUGUGUCUGAGAAGAGUAACUUCCUAUUCACCAAGCUAAAGGAGGAGCCCGAGGAGCUGGCCCAGCUGGCCCCCACCCCAGGAGACGCCAUCAUCUCUCUGGAUUUCGGGAAUCAGAACUUCGAGGAGUCCUCAGCCUAUGGCAAGGCCAUCCUGCCCCCGAGCCAGCCAUGGGCCACAGAGUUGAGGAGCCACAGCACCCAGAGUGAGGCUGGGAGCCUGCCUGCCUUCACCGUGCCCCAGGCAGCCGCCCCGGGCAGCACCACCCCCAGUGCCACCAGCAGCAGCAGCUGCUCCACGCCCAAUAGCCCUGAAGACUAUUACACAUCUUUGGAUAACGACCUGAAGAUUGAAGUGAUUGAGAAGCUCUUCGCCAUGGACACAGAGGCCAAGGACCAAUGCAGUACCCAGACGGAUUUCAAUGAGCUGGACUUGGAGACACUGGCACCCUAUAUCCCCAUGGACGGGGAAGACUUCCAGCUAAGCCCCAUCUGCCCCGAGGAGCGGCUCUUGGCGGAGAACCCACAGUCCACCCCCCAGCACUGCUUCAGUGCCAUGACAAACAUCUUCCAGCCACUGGCCCCUGUAGCCCCUCAUAGUCCCUUCCUCCUGGACAAGUUUCAGCAGCAGCUGGAGAGCAAGAAGACAGAGCCCGAGCACCGGCCCAUGUCCUCCAUCUUCUUUGAUGCCGGAAGCAAAGCAUCCCUGCCGCCGUGCUGUGGCCAGGCCAGCACCCCUCUCUCUUCCAUGGGGGGCAGAUCCAAUACCCAGUGGCCCCCAGAUCCACCAUUACAUUUUGGGCCCACAAAGUGGGCCGUCGGGGAUCAGCGCACAGAGUUCUUGGGAGCAGCGCCGUUGGGGCCCCCUGUCUCCCCACCCCAUGUCUCCACAUUCAAGACAAGGUCUGCAAAGGGUUUUGGGGCUCGAGGCCCAGAUGUGCUGAGUCCGGCCAUGGUAGCCCUCUCCAACAAGCUGAAGCUGAAGCGACAGCUGGAGUAUGAAGAGCAAGCCUUCCAGGACCUGAGCGGGGGGGACCCACCUGGUGGAAGCACCUCACAUUUGAUGUGGAAACGGAUGAAGAACCUCAGGGGUGGGAGCUGCCCUUUGAUGCCGGACAAGCCACUGAGCGCAAAUGUCCCCAAUGAUAAGUUCACCCAAAACCCCAUGAGCAGCCUGGGCCAUCCCCUGAGACAUCUGCCGCUGCCACAGCCUCCAUCUGCCAUCAGUCCCGGGGAGAACAGCAAGAGCAGGUUCCCCCAACAGUGCUAUGCCACCCAGUACCAGGACUACAGCCUGUCGUCAGCCCACAAGGUGUCAGGCAUGGCAAGCCGGCUGCUUGGGCCCUCAUUUGAGUCCUACCUGCUGCCCGAACUGACCAGAUAUGACUGUGAGGUGAACGUGCCCGUGCUGGGAAGCUCCACGCUCCUGCAAGGAGGGGACCUCCUCAGAGCCCUGGACCAGGCCACCUGAGCCAGGCCUUCCACCUGGGCAGCACCUCUGCCGACGCCGUCCCACCAGCUUCACUCUCUCCGUCUGUUUUUGCAACUAGGUAUUUCUAACGCCAGCACACUAUUUACAAGAUGGACUUACCUGGCAGACUUGCCCAGGUCACCAAGCAGUGGCCUUUUUCUGAGAUGCUCACUUUAUUAUCCCUAUUUUUAAAGUACACAAUUGUUUUACCUGUUCUGAAAUGUUCUUAAAUUUUGUAGGAUUUUUUUUCCUCCCCACCUUCAAUUACUUCUAAUUUAUAUUAUCCAUAGGUUUCUCUCCCUCCCUCUCCUCCUCACACACAACUGUCCAUACUAACAAGUUUGGUGCAUGUCUGUUCUUCUGUAGGGAGAGCUUUAGCUUCAUUUUACUAAAAAGAUUCCUCGUUAUUGUUGUUGCCAAAGAGAAACAAAAAUGAUUUUGCUUUCCAAGCUUGGUUUGUGGCGUCUCCCUCGCAGAACCCUUCUCCUUUCUUUUUUAAAACUAAUCACCAUAUUGUAAAUUUCAGGGUUUUUUUGGUUUAAGCUGACUCUUUGCUCUAAUUUUGGAAAAAAAGAAAUGUGAAAGGUCAACUCCAACGUAUGUGGUUAUCUGUGAAAGUUGCACAGCGUGGCUUUUCCUAAACUGGUGUUUUUCCCCUGCAUUUGGUGGAUUUUUUAUUAUUAUUCAAAAACAUAACUGAGUUUUUUUAAAAGAGAAAAUUUAUAUCUGGGUUAAGUGUUUAUCAUAUAUAUGGGUACUUUGUAAUAUCUAAAAACUUAGAAACGAAAAUGGAAUCCUGCUCACAAAAUCACUUUAAGAUCUUUUCGAAGCUGUUAAUUUUUCUUGGUGUUGUGGACACUGCAGACUUGUCCAGUGCUCCCACGGCCUGUACGGACACUGUGGAAGGCCUCCCUCUGUCGGCUUUUUGCCAUCUGUGAUAUGCCAUAGGUGUGACAAUCCGAGCAGUGGAGUCACUCAGCGGGAGCACUGCGCGCUAUCCCCUCACGUUCUCUAUGUACUAUGUAUGUAUGUAUUAUUAUUAUUGCUGCCAAGAGGGUCUGAUGGCACGUUGUGGGGUCAGGGAGUGGGGCGGGGAAGUGCUCUAACUUUUCUUAAGGUUUUGUUGCUAGCCCUUCAAGUGCACUGAGCUAUGUGACUCGGAUGGUCUUUCACACGGCACAUUUGGACAUUUCCAGAACUACCAUGAGAUGGUUUAGAUGGGAAUUCAUGCAAAUGAGGGGUCAGCAAUGGUAUAGUGACCCCGUCCACGUCCUCCAAGCUCACGACCUUGGAGCCCCGUGGAGCUGGACUGAGGAGGAGGCUGCACAGCAGGAGAGCAGCUGGUGCAGACCAGCCCUGCAGCCCCCCUCAGCCGGCAGCCAGAUGGCCCCGCAAGGCCUCCAGGGAUGGCCCCUAGCCACAGGCCCUGGCUGAGGUCUCUGGGUCGGGCAGUGACAUGUAGGUAGGAAGCACUGAAAAUAGUGUUCCCAGAGCACUUUGCGUCUCACUGGGUAAGAGGGACGACACCUCUGGUUUUUCAAUACCAAUUACAUGGAACUUUUCUGUAAUGGGUACAAUGAAGAAGUUUCUAAAAACACACACAAAGCACAUUGGGCCAACUAUUUAGUAAGCCCGGAUAGACUUAUUGCCAAAAACAAAAAGUAGCUUUCAAAAGAAAUUUAAGUUAUAUGAGAAAUUCCUUAGUCAUGGUGUUGCGUAAAUCACAUUUUAGCUGCACAGCAUUACCCCACACAGGGUGGCAGAACUUGAAGGGUUACUGACAUGUAAAUGCUGGUAUUUGAUUUCCUGUGUGUGUUGCCCUGGCAUUAAGGGCAUUUUACCCUUGCGGUUUUACUAAAACACUGAAAAAUAUUCCAAGCUUCAUAUUAACCCUACCUGUCAACGUAAUGAUUUCAUGAACGUUAUUAUAUUGUCGAAUUCCUACUGACAACAUUAUAACUGUAUGGGAGCUUAACUUUAUAAGGAAAUGUAUUUUGACACUGGUAUCUUAUUAAAGUAUUCUGAUCCUAC